CCUUAUGCUUCAUAUAAAUUCCCUCUUUCACUUCAUUGCUCCAAAAAGUCCAGGCUCAACAAGUUCACUUGCUCAUUCAUCAUUGUAACCAUCACCACCCUUUUGUCACAAUGGAGGCCAAGAGUGUGGAGAAGAAGAGAGCCUUGGUUGAGAAGGUGAGAAAGAAUAGCACAGUGGAAGAGGAAGUGGAGAAUGAAGUAGAAGAGGAGGAUGAAAGUGGUGUUAGUCUCACAGAAGAAGAGAAGAAAAAAGGGGUUAGUAGUAGUAGUGUUAGUGGGAGAAGAGGGUCAAGUGGGGGUGGUGGAGGGGUUUCUCCACCUUCAUGUCAAGCAGAGAGGUGUGGUGCUGAUUUGAGUGAUGCAAAGAGGUACCAUCGCCGCCACAAGGUGUGUGAGUUUCAUUCCAAGGCACCUGUUGUGGUGGUUGCAGGGCUAAGGCAGAGGUUUUGCCAGCAAUGUAGCAGGUUCCAUGACCUUGGGGAGUUUGAUGAAGCUAAGAGAAGCUGCCGCCGGCGGCUUGCCGGACACAACGAGCGGCGCCGGAAAAGCAAUCCUGAAGUUGGCAAUGAGGGCAGCAAAGGUCAGCACCACCCUAAGGACACAACACACUGCAGGCUAGUUGAUGAGAGGGGGAGAAUUCAGAUGAACCUACCAGGGAGUUCUGGCUACAAGUCUUUCAACAUCAGAUGAAGCCAAAGCCAAAUUGUUCCACCAAGCUCUCUCUCUUCUGUCACCCUUUGGUUUCUUACAAGCCAAGGCAUGUAAUAAAGAUCACUUUGUAUGUUCACUUGAACAAGAAUCAAACUCACACAACUUCCAACAUCCAAAGCUGGUGUCUAAUGCAACGUAAGCUAGUUUCAUGAGCUUUAUGUUGUGUUAUUUAGAGAGUGCCUUUGGUUUCUUUAUGUUUGCCUUACCAUUGUUAUCCUAUUAAAGCAACCUUCAGUGGUGUGCUCUUAUCUUCCAUUGUAUUAGAAUAAAAAGCUAUUACUUCUUUUGGGUAUUCAUGUAUGUAUUUCAGUUAUUUCUUCUUA